AUGGCUGAUACUUCCGCUCUCAGGCCUCCGCCAAAGUCUCCCACCUCAGCUUUCUCCCUUUGUCCUGUGGUCAGCCUCUUGCAAGAGCUCCAAGCGAGCUCCAACAUGUCGCUCCGAAUUAAUAUUCCACCUGCUACUCGAACCUGUCUCGUCAGCCUUCUCACCCUCUCCCUACUCUACAAUAUUGCCAGAUGGCGACAAAUUGACACCACGGGCGGAACCCCGACCACAUCUCCUCUCGUCCCGUACCUGACCCUCGUCCCCUCAUUCUUCUAUUAUUAUCCUUGGACAAUUGUCACGGCGACCUUCGUCGAGCAAAAUAUAUUCACCGUACUGUUGAAUGCAGCCACCGUAUUCUAUGGCGGCAAGUACCUCGAACGCGCGUGGGGCUCGCGCGAGUUCAGCAAGUUCAUCGCGGUUGUCGCCGUGAUCCCCUGCGUCGCCAUCAUCCCGAUCUACCUGAUCUGGGGAGCAGUCGGGGGCUCCUCAAGCAGAUCCAGCCUCACCCAAAUCUGUGGCGGCGUCUCCAUCCAAGCCUCCUUCCUAGUCGCCUUCAAACAGCUCGUCCCAGAACACACCGUCACAAUCUUCAGGGGGAUCAUCAAGAUGCGCGUAAAGCAUUUCCCUGCCCUCUUCCUCCUCCUAAACAGCAUCAGCGGCCUCGCCAUCGGAACAGAUACCGCUGCCAUUCUAUCAUGGCUCGGUAUCCUCACUAGCUGGACAUACCUCCGCUUCUACAAGCGGCAACCUGACCUAACCGGCACCUCGAGCGGUACAGGCGUCAGAGGCGAUGCUAGCGAGACGUUCGCAUUCGCAUGUCUAUUCCCCGACGUGAUGCAGCCGCCUGUCGCGUUUGUCGCGGACCAAAUCUACGCUCUGCUGGUUGCAGCUAAGAUUCUGACGCCCUUCUCAGAUGACGAUAUCGCCUCUGGUAACGAGUUGGUGCUGGCGAGAGGCGAGGCGGGCUUGCCCACGCUGUUGAAUAGCCAGCGCGGAUCCAGGGGUGCGGCUAAACGUGAGGAGGCGGAGCGCAGACGUGCCAUUGCGCUUAAGGCUUUGGAUCGCAGGUUGCAGGCUGCUACGGCUGGGCGUGCGCAGUCUCACUCGCCUGGCUUGGGGGAUCCAAACUCGUCGAUGCCGCGUCCUGCUACACCGACUCAGGCUCCACCUGUUGGUCAGAGUAUGCUGGGGGAAACAAGUUACAAUCCCGAUCAUGCUUAA